AUGGCGAAACUCAAGGCACAUGAAGAACUCUCCACUAAUGCGAAUACUAUCAAAGCUCGCAACUGCGUCUCCAACCUUACUGAAAUUGAGAAGGCUGUUCACUUAGCACUCAAGGCUGACCAUGCUGAUCUGAGCUACUACUUAAAGAAGUUAUAUAAGUCUGCAAAGUACAAGACACGUCUACAGAAUGAAUUGAAGGUUGAGCGUAUUUGUGUUCGGACUGAGAAGGGUACCCAUGCAUCUUGCAUUGCGAAUCAGAAAGUCAAGAAUAUUAGCGCCUCUUCUUCUCCACAAGCCCCACCAUCUACUCCGCCCAAACAACUUCUGUCUGAGCUUGCUGCAUUUGAGGGUAUCUCAACGCGAGAUAUUUUAAAUGACGAGGCUGUUCUACCAGAUGAGCUUUCCGAUGAAGAGAUCACUAGCACCCAGGCUCUCUUAACUCAAGCGCACAUUGAUGCCCAUGAAGAGUCCAAUUUCCGCAAGUGGCAACAUUUCUGGGAUAGCUGUAUCCACUCAUAUACGAGAAAGGCUGGAAAGCUGAGAAAGAAGCCUGAGCGUCUCUUUGAGUAUAUGCCGUGGAUUGAUGUAGAGGAAGGCUUCAAAGAGGCGUUCUUACUUGUCUACUCUAAGAAGUUUGAUAAGGAAAAGUGGGCUAAGGUAUCAGCUGCACAGGAUAUGUUGUUCCUGGAGCUAGAGUAG